UUGAUGAGGUAGGUUCUAAUGAUGGCUGCUGUUAUAUGCCUGUAAGAACAAUAUAAAUCGUUGCUUGCUCAUGAGUUUGAUGAGGUAGGUUCUAAUGAUGGCUGCCUCCUCAUACUGCUCUCCCUGCUUUAUGAGAGAGCUGUAAUAAAAUCUUAGGAUUACAUAUUCUUGAAGAUUAUAUAUAUAGAGAGAGGGGAAGAUAUCCUCUAAGAUCUGUAGUAGUAGUACUAAUGUUUAAUCAAGAUCUGUAGUAGUAGUACUAAUGUUUAGGAGUGAUUAAGUAGUUUUGUAUUUGUAACUAGGACUGGCACACAGCAUUGUACUGUACCUGUACUUGAAGUUGAUAGUAUUUGACCUGAUAAAAGGUGGUGAUUGAUACUCAAAAGUGUGUCCAUAGUUUUUUAUGGUAGCGGCAUUUAGCAUAGUCACUUGGUCUCUUAACUGACCUCCUUUUGUGAGAAAAAGUCACUUUUGUCUUGGAAUUUAUCCUUCUUGAUCAUAGAAACAAACUGGAUUUGCUGCAGUUAAGUUGUCUUUGUCACACCCAAGUAAGGUUUUGCCCAAUAGUAUUUCAGUGUCUCACCCAGGUAGCAAAGUUACAGGUGUGAUCACACAUAAUCAUGACAAUUAAAAUAGAUUUAGAGAAUGGAGAAAUUAGUGAGCAGCAGGAAGAUAUCAACCAGGCACUUCUUCCAGCUGAAGAGAAGUCUAAAAAUUUCAAUGAGGGUGACAGCUCCAUAGGUGGCAAUGAUGGAUCCAUACAAAUCGUGCUUCUCAGCACCUUUGUGGUGGUCUUGGGCUCUUUGGAGUUUGGAUAUUCUGUGGGGUUCUCUUCCCCCACUCAGUCUGCAAUGAUAGAGGACCUUGGCCUCACUCUGUCUCAGUAUUCUACCUUUGGUUCCCUGCUAACCAUAGGUGCCAUGAUUGGUGCAAUAACAAGUGGCCGUGUUGCAGAUUCCAUGGGGAGAAGAGGGGCGCUGAGAGUGGCUUCAGCCUCUUAUAUCAUUGGAUGGCUUAUCAUAAUAAUCUCAAAGGUUGUAUUACCACUGGAUAUUGGAAGAUUGUUUGUGGGAUAUGGAGUUGGCCUUACUUCAUAUACAGUUCCUGUCUACAUAGCUGAAAUAAGUCCCAAGAACUUGAGAGGAGCACUCACAAAUACAAAUCAGUUGUCGGUAACGGCUGGGAUACUAAUUGUAUAUCUUCUUGGAAUGUUGGUGACAUGGCGCAAACUUGCUAUUAUAGGACUUAUCCCCUGUUCUAUUUUGGUCUUGGGUCUCUUUUUUAUUCCAGAGUCCCCCAGGUGGUUGGCAAAGGUUGGACGGGAAAAAGAGUUUAAAGUAGCAUUGCAAACCCUUCGAGGAAAAGAUUGUGAUAUUUCUGCUGAGGCAGCUGAAAUCAAGGAAUACGUGGAUGAGCUAGAAAUCCUUCCAAAGGGCAGAGUAUUGGACUUAUUUCAACGCAAAUAUGCACAUCACAUGAUAGUUGGAGUUGGCUUGAUGGUUUUCCAACAGUUAUCUGGAAUCAAUGCUCUCAUGUUUUAUGCCAGUAGAAUUUUCAAAGCUGCUGGCUUCAAUUCAGAUCAUGCAGCAUCUGUCAGUGUUGCUGCCCUUCAGGUGCCAAUGACAGUAGUAGGUGUUCUACUGAUGGACAGAUCAGGAAGGCGGCCACUUUUGAUGGUCUCUGCUGGAGGGAUAAGCUUAGGUUGUUUCAUGGUUGGAGCUUCAUUUUAUAUACAGGGGCAUGGAUCUUAUGCUAAUCUUGGGGCACUAGCAAGCAUCUUGGCUCUGGGGGGUCUCUUGACUUAUAUUGCAACUUUCUCCUUGGGCCUGGGUGGAAUUCCAUGGAUUAUAAUGUCUGAGAUAUUUCCAAUAAAUAUGAAAGGAGUUGCUGGAAGCUUGGUGACCCUUGUUGCUUGGUUUGGCUCUUGGGUUAUAACCUUAACCUUCAAUUUUCUUCUAUCAUGGAGUGCAGCAGGUUCAUUCUUUAUCUUUGGGGGCGCUGGUGCAGUUGCAGUGUUGUUUGUUGCAAAAUUAUUGCCAGAAACGAAUGGGCAAACUCUAGAAGAAAUACAAACAUCGUUUCUGACAUUCUUCUCGGAAAAAAAUCCCAAAUCUCAUAACGUGCUUCAAUAAAUCAUUAUAUUUCAGCGGAAAGCUAUGGAUUCAUUGUUACCUAAUUAUGUUAGUGCUAGGCAUCAUUCUUUACAAGCUCUUAGAUCUCAUCUCCCAUUUGAAAUAUCUAUUGAAAUGUGUUAGUAUGUUGAAGGCGUGUGUUAGAUUCAGCCACGUCUAAGAAAAUUUUAAAAGUGAUCUUAUUAUUUUUAAGCAAGAGCACAAUGGAGAGAUGAUGAGUUUUCCAAACCAUCAUAUCUCAUUGAGAGUGAUACAAAAGUUCUGUAAGUAGAACUGAAUGUAUUCUAAGGAGAAAUUUAUUUAUUUAUUUUCGUUGUAGAUCUUA